UCCCCCCCGCGCUAUGGACUCCGCGGUCUGCAGCCGCCUCCAGCCCGGCCGGCUUAUUAAGAUUCAGCGGAGCAACGGCUUAAUUCACAGUGCAAUUAUAAAGACUGUAAAUGUCGAAAGGCUGUCUGUCUCGGUAGAAUGGUCAGAAGGGGACUCAACCAAAGGAAAAGAGAUUGAGAUUGAAGAUGUGAUAACAAUAAAUCCAGAGAUUUUAGAAGAAAUUCCUUCUGCUUCUGAUGUGAAAGAGAACCUGCCUCUGCAGGAGAAUGUAACUGUACAGAAACAAAAACGUAGAACAACCCUUUCAAAAAUUCCUGCUCCACGAGAAGUAUUACGUAGCCGUUCUACCAGGAUGUCUGUUAUCACAGAAUCCCAGGGCAGCCUCCAAGAUAAUGAGAUGGAGGUGGAUCCCUCCACUUCUGCACAAACAAGAAACCAUUCAACAGUGCCUGCUGGCCGAGCCCGAACUACCAGGCCACAUUGUGCUACAGAACCCUCACUGACAAAUGUACAUGAAGUUCUAGAAGAACAUCCAUCUAUCAGAAGCAGCUCUUCAGCAAAUCCAGUGCGGAGGAAAUCUAAUAUUGUGAAAGAGAUGGAGAAAAUGAAAAGCAAGCGGGAAGAGAAGAGAGCCCAGAUAAGUGAGAUCAGAACAAAACGGGCACAGGAAUUUGAUAGCAGCUGUCCAAACUGGGAGUUUGCACGGAUGAUCAAGGAAUUCAGAGCUACUUUAGACUGCCAACCAAUAUCUAUGAAUGACCCAAUAGAAGAGCGCAGGAUCUGUGUUUGUGUAAGGAAGCGCCCUUUAAAUAAGCAAGAACUUCACAAGAAGGAAUGUGAUGUGAUUACAGUUCCCAGCAAGUGUGUCCUGCUGGUGCAUGAGCCGAAGUUGAAAGUGGACCUAACAAAAUAUCUCGAGACCCAGGCAUUUAGAUUUGAUUUUUCAUUUGAUGAGACUGCUUCCAAUGAAGUGGUUUAUAGGUUCACUGCGAGGCCUCUUGUACAGACCAUCUUUGAGGGUGGAAAGGCUACGUGUUUUGCAUACGGGCAAACUGGCAGCGGCAAAACACAUACUAUGGGAGGCGACUUCUCCGGGAAAACUCAGAAUGUCUCAAAGGGGAUAUAUGCUUUUGCAUCACGCGAUGUCUUCCUCCUUCAAAGCCAACCCAGGUACAGGAAUCAAGACCUGGAGGUCUAUGUGACAUUCUUUGAAAUAUAUAAUGGAAAGGUGUUUGAUCUCUUGAAUAAGAAGGCAAAACUCCGAGUGCUUGAGGAUGGAAAGCAGCAGGUCCAAGUAGUUGGCCUCCAAGAAAGACAAGUCAGCUGUGCAGACGAUGUGAUCAGAAUGAUCGAGAUGGGCAGUGCCUGCAGGACAUCUGGACAGACCUUUGCAAACUCUAGCUCCUCACGGUCACAUGCCUGCUUCCAAAUCAUACUACGCAGAAGAGGGAAAUUACAUGGCAAAUUUUCCUUGGUCGACUUAGCUGGAAAUGAGAGAGGUGCAGAUACUUCUAGUGCUGAUCGGCAGACACGCAUGGAAGGGGCAGAAAUAAACAAGAGCCUUCUGGCUUUGAAGGAAUGUAUCCGAGCACUAGGUCAGAACAAAUCUCAUACACCUUUCAGGGAAAGCAAGCUGACCCAGGUGCUGAGAGACUCAUUCAUAGGGGCAAACUCCAGGACCUGUAUGAUUGCAAUGAUUUCCCCAGGCAUGAGUUCGUGUGAGUACACCUUAAACACCCUGAGAUAUGCUGACAGAGUGAAAGAGCUCAGUCCUUACAAUGGUGGGAGUGGUGAGAUGCAGAACUGUAUGGAAACGGAGAACGAGGAACUAGACAGCAGUGAAGAAGAGUCAAGUCUUCAGCAUGACCUCUCCAAGGAGGAGGAAGAGGAGUUGUCUCCCCAUAUGUCCAGUUUCCGUGAAGCCAUGACUCAGAUUAGUGAACUGGAGGAGAAGGCUGUAGAAGAACUCAGAGAAAUGAGACAGAAGAUGACUGAACUCAAUGACCUGUUGGAAAUGACAGAGCAACCAGACUAUGAUCUGGAGACAUUUGUGAACAGAGCCAGAUGCUUCAUAAAGGAAGGAUCAAGAAAUUUCAUCAGCAUGGGAGAUGUCGUGGAGUCCCUGGCUCUUGCCAUGCAGUUGGAGGAGCAGGCCAGCAAGCAGAUGAGUAAGAGGCGGCCUCAGUAAAUGUACCAAAACCUGAUUCACAAACACCGUUUUUCUCUUCUCUGUAUGUGUCUAUCCCAUGUCAGUAGUUUCUAUGUUAACUCUGCCUAUUUUAAAUGUGAUACAAUAAAGUAUACUUCAGUCAGCUCUACCUGAAGACAAGAGGUCAGAAUAGCAGCCUUUGACUAUGCAGUAAUUGUUCUAGAAAUGCCCUCUUGACAGUGGGGGAGGGGAAACUUGUAGUUCUUCCUGUCAUUAGAUGCCUCUUCCCCCUCAUUUAGUGACAGACUUAUCUGCUCUGAUGUAACUAGAUAAACUUGUGUAUUCUUGUGUACAUAAACUUUUUUUGCUUCUA